AAGAGGCUGGCUGCGCAAAGGAAAGGGAGGAAGAGGGCCCUGGCCUAAGGAAUCAAUCAGCAGAAGCCCGAGAGGAGACACAGACCCUUGCUCCCUGACGUUCCUGGGGGCCAAGAUGGGGCAGCAGUUCAGCUGGGAGGAGGCAGAGAUGGCCAGUGAGAUGGACGUGGCAGAGCUCCAGGAGUGGUACAAGAAGUUCGUGGUGGAGUGCCCCAGCGGCACACUCUUCAUGCAUGAGUUUAAGCGCUUCUUCAAGGUCACGGGCAAUGAGGAGGCCACCCAGUAUGUAGAGGGCAUGUUCCGAGCCUUCGACAAGAACGGGGACAACACCAUCGACUUCCUGGAGUACGUGGCAGCCCUGAACCUCGUGCUGAGGGGCACCCUGGAGCACAAGCUGAAGUGGACCUUCAAGAUCUACGACGAGGACCGAAAUGGCUGCAUCGACCGCCUGGAGCUGCUCGACAUUGUGGAGGCGAUUUACAAGCUGAAGAAAGCCUGCAGCGUGGAGACGGAGGCCCAGCAGCAAAGCCAGCUGCUGACGCCCGAGGAGGUCGUGGACAAGAUCUUCCUUCUGGUGGACGAGAACGGAGAUGGCCAGCUGUCUCUGAAUGAGUUCAUUGAGGGUGCCCGUCGUGACAAAUGGGUGAUGAAGAUGCUGCAGAUGGAUGUGAGUCCCGGUGGCUGGAUCUCUCAGCAGAGGCGGAGAAGUGCUAUGUUCUGAAGGAUCUGGGGCCCUGGGAUUCCUGUAGGAGUCCACAGGCCCCUCCGAGUCCAAGGUCCCUCCUCUUGGAGGAGCCUUGUCUCCAGGCUCACCAGGUUUCCAGAGUAGGGGGAGGGUCCUGGCUCAGCCUGCUUGUGCCCAUGCUCAUCCUGGCUUGGACUUCCUGGCAGCCCCUGUGCAGGGCCGUGGGGCUGAGUGGAGAGGGGAGAGGCUGUUGGUCUGAAGGGGCCAACAGGGCACAGCCCAUUUGGGAGGAUUUCCUGGGGUGGUG